AUGAACACUGCACGACUACUGAGGUUGCAGCCUCUGCGGGCAGCUGCUUUUAGGCAGCCAGCAAUACGUCAGGCGGCUCUGAGGCAGAACAGACCAUUCCACAACACCCGGACAAUGCUCCGAUCGAAGGAGGACGACCAGAGUGCGCACACCAUUACCCAGAGAAUUCGCAGCCUCAAGAAGGUUCCUCCGGAGUUGAUACCCCUCGGUAUCGUCAUCCUCUUCGCUCUCUUCGCUGCUGCUUUCGCUAUGUCGAAGAAGCUCCUGACGGACAAGACCCUACGUCUGCACCGCAACCCACCGAAAGCUCAUUAA